GCCAUUCAAGUUGACACCGCGACCGCAUCUACUCAUGGUAUGAAUGGGUGCCUGGACAUAUGUGACUGCCCACGUCCGCCGAAAUGUGAGCAGUACUUAUUGAAUAGCUAUGAUACGCUCCAGGACAUUGCACGACGCCAGUCCCGCAGGGUACCAUGUCGAUCGACUACCGGUCCCAUCUGCGUACGUUGCCCAUAUUUCUGGUCUCUCAGCCUGGACAUGCAUGUCUUAUUGCGCUGUCUCCACGAUGGCCUGGACGUCUUGGGGGCACAAUUGCUCUCUGCAUUUUUAUUCAAGUGACAUCCGCAUCAGCAUAUAAAGACACCUCCGAGGACGCUCGAAGGCUCGCAUACUAUUCCCUCGGCCACUACGUCAUGUGCCAGGCCUUUCCGUUUUCUGUUCAACUGGCUUACGGACCGAUGCAUGAUUUCCGCCAUGAACACGACCACACUCCACCCGCAGAGCUCUCGUUCCUGCGCAGGGUUUGGUGGGCGCUAUGUAUCAUCAAUACCCCGCGCGGAGUGGGGUGGUCUUACGAGGUCGCUAACAUCCCACCGCGCCCUACUGAGCCGCGAUGGCGGUUCGUCCGCCAGAAACUCCUGAGCGCGUUCCGCUGCUUCCUGUUCAUCGACCUCGCCCAAGUAUACCAGCGCUCUAAUCCACUGUUCUCGAGGCAAGACAUGGACCUCAGGUCGCAAGGCCUUUUCAUGCUUCCUCUCAACAUUGUCGCGCGCUUCGGGAGCGUUGUCGCCAUGAUUGCCAUGGAAUACUCGCUCUUAGCUGCAACCUGUGUCGCCCUUGGCGUCUCCUCACCAAGAGACUGGCCAGACAUCUACGGCAAGUGGUCUGACUCGUACACCGUUCGUAGAUUCUGGGGACGAACGUACCAUCAGUUACUGCGUCGCCUCACAGCCGGUAUCGGAAAGGCUUGUUGCCGGGCAUUAGGUCUGCAACCCGGGACAUGGGUGUCUUCCUACAUCCAACUCUAUGUCGGCUUCGCCGUCUCCGGAUUCUUGCACUGCGGUGGGGAUUUGAUGGUAGAUCCAUCCCUCUUCGGCGCAUCGUUCCCUUUCUAUAUCUCACAAGCCGUCGCGAUCACCUUCGAGGACGCCGUCAUUGGCAUCGUUCGGAGAACCGGAGUAAAGUUCCCUCAACCGCUGGCCCGUGUCGUGGGAUACGCCUGGGCUAUACUGUGGUUGUGUAUAUCCGCGCCAUGGCACAUCAACUGGAUGCUGAAGGCUGGGGUCGUUGACACAGUUCGCGUGCCAGUCUCACUCAUUGACCUCAUAGCCCCAAAUCUUGGUGCCAUUGCUAUGAGUUUCAGGUCGGAGGAUUGACUUGACACGGACGACUACCAAUCGAUUAAUGUUUCAACUGUACGAGAACUGUCAGUGUGUCUCACGUUGUGUACGGGAUGUAGUGUCAAAUUUGGGCGGGCUUUCAUUCAUUUUCGAGAACAUGUGUAUGAGGGUGUUCCGAGUCGUAGCUCGCCGCGCUUGUAUAUGUACUUGACACUUGAUCAGGAGACUACGAUUCGUGCGCUUGUCCGGGCAGAGGUCAAUGUCGAAUUGUAC